UAUAUAUGCACUAACCCUAGCGCUCCCAAAGCCAUUCACUAAUCUCAUCUCAAACAAACCCUAGAUCUAUCUCUCUGGUUACUUUUCUCGCUUUCUUUCAUUCCUUUCUUCGCUUGACAACCAGCUUGCUUGAGAAUCAGUUUCGGUAUCAACUAUGGCAGGAAAAGGUGAGGGGCCGGCUAUUGGUAUUGAUCUUGGCACGACCUACUCCUGCGUCGGAGUUUGGCAACAUGACCGUGUUGAGAUUAUCGCCAAUGACCAGGGAAACCGGACGACACCGUCUUACGUCGCCUUCACCGAUACGGAGAGGUUGAUCGGUGAUGCUGCUAAGAACCAAGUCGCCAUGAACCCCACGAAUACGGUAUUCGACGCCAAGCGUUUGAUUGGUCGGAGAUUCAGCGAUGCAUCUGUCCAGAGCGAUAUCAAGUUAUGGCCUUUCAAGGUUAUUCCUGGUCCUGGUGACAAGCCCAUGAUUGUGGUCAACUACAAGGGCGAGGAGAAGCAAUUUGCCGCAGAGGAAAUCUCGUCCAUGGUCCUCAUCAAGAUGCGUGAGAUUGCAGAGGCUUACCUGGGUUCAACCGUGAAGAACGCAGUCGUUACUGUUCCAGCUUACUUCAAUGACUCUCAGCGUCAGGCUACCAAGGAUGCUGGCGUCAUUGCUGGCCUUAACGUGAUGCGUAUCAUCAACGAGCCAACUGCAGCCGCCAUUGCAUAUGGUCUUGACAAAAAGGCAACGAGUGUUGGUGAGAAGAACGUGUUGAUUUUUGAUUUGGGAGGCGGUACCUUUGAUGUCUCCUUGCUCACCAUUGAAGAAGGUAUCUUCGAGGUGAAGGCCACCGCUGGAGACACCCAUUUAGGAGGUGAAGAUUUUGAUAACAGAAUGGUGAACCACUUUGUUCAGGAAUUCAAGAGGAAGAACAAGAAGGAUAUUAGCGGGAACCCAAGAGCCCUCAGGAGACUGAGAACUGCUUGCGAGAGAGCAAAGAGAACUCUCUCAUCAACUGCCCAAACCACCAUUGAGAUUGAUUCUUUGUAUGAAGGUAUUGAUUUUUACUCAACAAUCACUCGUGCCAGGUUCGAGGAGCUCAACAUGGAUCUCUUCAGGAAGUGUAUGGAACCUGUUGAGAAGUGCUUGAGGGAUGCGAAGAUGGACAAGAGCACUGUCCAUGAUGUCGUCCUUGUUGGUGGUUCUACCAGAAUUCCCAAGGUGCAGCAGCUAUUGCAGGACUUCUUCAAUGGCAAGGAGCUCUGCAAGAGCAUCAAUCCGGAUGAGGCCGUUGCCUACGGAGCUGCAGUUCAGGCUGCAAUUUUGAGUGGAGAAGGCAACGAGAAGGUGCAGGAUCUAUUGCUCUUGGAUGUCACCCCUCUGUCACUUGGUCUGGAAACCGCUGGCGGUGUUAUGACUGUCUUGAUCCCAAGAAAUACCACCAUUCCCACCAAGAAGGAGCAGGUCUUCUCAACCUACUCAGACAACCAACCUGGUGUGUUGAUCCAGGUUUAUGAAGGUGAAAGAACAAGAACAAGAGACAAUAACCUAUUGGGUAAAUUCGAGCUGUCUGGCAUUCCACCAGCACCCAGAGGUGUACCUCAGAUUACAGUCUGCUUCGACAUUGAUGCCAACGGUAUCCUCAAUGUCUCAGCCGAGGACAAGACUACCGGACAGAAGAACAAAAUCACCAUCACCAACGACAAGGGUAGGUUGUCCAAGGAUGAAAUCGAGAAGAUGGUUCAGGAGGCUGAGAAAUACAAGGCUGAAGACGAGGAGCACAAGAAGAAGGUAGAGGCAAAGAAUGCCUUGGAGAACUACGCAUACAACAUGAGGAACACCGUGAAGGACGAGAAAAUCGGCUCGAAGCUUCCACCGGCAGACAAGAAGAAGAUCGAGGAUGCAAUUGACUCGGCAAUUCAGUGGUUGGACGGUAACCAACUGGCGGAGGCAGAUGAGUUCGAGGACAAGAUGAAGGAGCUUGAGAGCGUCUGCAACCCCAUCAUUGCUAAGAUGUAUCAGGGUGCAGGUGCAGAUAUGGGAGGUGGUAUGGAAGAAGAUGCUCCUCCAGCUGGUGGUAGCGGUGCUGGUCCUAAGAUCGAGGAAGUUGACUAAGCUCUAUGUUUUCUUAGCGUUUUUAUUUCCGAUGGUUUAUGAAUUUAUGUUUUUUUUUUUUUUUUAAACAGUUUGGUUUUGAAAAGGUCGGAUCCAUUUUGAGAACAAUGUAUGUGAUUACUGUUAGCCCCCGAAAUUCUAUUUGACCUUAGCAGCAGCAGCCAUUUUGGCUUACAUUCGAA